UCUCCUGCCCCCGCCGUGCAGCCCGCCGUCCUCCGGCCCGCCGUGCAGCCCGUCGCGCCUCCCCAGCCGCGUCGCCCGCCCUCCUGCCCCUGCCGUGCUGCCCGCCCGCCCGUCGCCUCCCCGCUACGCUCGCCGGCCGUGCGAGUCCGGCAUGAGGUCCUUCAUCCUCGAGCGGCACGGGAUCUGUGGUCCGAGCGAGGAGGCAGUGAGCUCGGGGAAGACGACAGCCUCGAGGCCAUAAGCUGCUGAGCCCACUCCAGCGUUGGCAUCCUUUGUGCUCUCCCGUGUUGGCAGGUUGCCUGUUCCGUGCGCAUCGUCUCUCUGCUAGUCUGCUGUCUGCUGUCUGCUACCGCCCCUCACCGAAUCCGAUGGCUACACCACCCUCUUCCCCCACCCCCGCGCCGCCGGAGCCGGCGACCGAGCCGCCGUCCCCGUCCACCCUCGCGGAUGGCGCCGCCUCCGGCACGCUCCCGGCGGCGGAGGCCUUCGCGGUGCACUACCCAGGCUACCCAUCAUCCCCCGCGCGCGCAGCCCGCACCCUCGGCGGCCUACCCGCCAUCGCCAAGGUCCGGAGCUCCGACCCCAGCGCCCGACUGGAGCUCCGCUUCCGCCCCGAGGACCCCUACUGCCACCCGGCCUUCGGCGAGUCCCGCGCCUCCACGGGCCUAGUGCUCCGCCUCUCCAGGCGCAAGGGCGCUGCGCCGCCGCGCGCCGAGGUGGUCGCGCGCGUUCGGACCGCCUACCACUUCGAAGGUAUGGCAGAUUUUCAGCAUGUUGUUCCAGUGCAUGCUGCACAAGUAAGAAAAAGAAAAUGGUCAAAUUCCCAAAAUGAUAAUGGACAUUUAGGUAGUGAUACGACAAGACAUCAGGAAACAGAUGAUGGAGAUGUCAUGAUGUUGGUACCCCCACUCUUCUCAGUGAAGGAUAGACCCACAAAGAUAGCGCUUCUACCAUCAUCAAAUGCAGUAUCUAAAAGCAUGCACAGGGGAGUUGUACAAGAACGAUGGGAGAUGAAGGUUGGACCAACUCUUGCUCUUCCUUUCAACAUUCAAGUUGUUCCGGGGAAGAUUAAUUGGGAAGACCAUGUACGAAAAAAUUCAGUAGAUUGGGACUGGCAAAUGGCUGUCUGCAAAUUGUUUGAUGAGCGCCCUGUGUGGCCAAGGCAAUCACUUUAUGAACGGCUGCAAGACGAUGGUGUGCAUGUCUCACAAAACCAAUUCAAAAGGCUUCUGUUUAGAGCUGGAUACUACUUCUCUACUGGACCUUUUGGUAAAUUCUGGAUCAGAAGAGGAUAUGACCCUCGUAAAGAUCCUGACUCUCGAAUAUAUCAGAGAAUUGAUUUUCGUGUGCCUCCUGAGCUAAGGAAUCUUCUAAGGACAAAGGAUUCUGGAUCUCAAAAGUGGGCAGAGAUGUGCAAGCUUGAAGUGAUGCCAUCUCAGAGUUUCAUCUUUCUGCAAUUAUUUGAACUGAAGGAUGACUUUAUUCAAGAAGAAAUUCGAAAACCUUCUUAUCAAUCAAUUUGUUCACAUUUUACAGGAUGGUUUUCUAAGCCAAUGAUGAAAACUCUGAGGUUGCAAGUGAGCAUAAGGUUCCUCACUUUAUUACCUAGUGAAGAGGCAAAAAGCUUGUUGAGGAAUGCCCACGAACUUAUUGAAAGGUCCAAGAAGCAGGAAGCCCUUUGGAGAUCUGAGCGAUCAAAAGAGGAUAAGCAUGUUGAUGAAGAAGCUCCUGCCACACAUACUGGAACUGAGGAUCAAGUUGGCCUUAACAAAUCUGAUAGUGAAGAUGUAGAUGACGAAGAAGAGGAAGAGGAGUCGGAUGGUUAUGAAUCUCCACCUAUGAUGCCCUCGGUGAAGGCUUCUCCAAUGGAUACCUCGAAAAAGUGCUGCGCAGCUUUCCAUUGCAGGAAGAUGGCCAAAACAGAUCAGCUGAUGCCCCUAAUGCUGAUGGUAGUGAUGGGGAGUUUGAAAUUUUCGAACAACCCAGUGACGAUGAGUCUGAUGGUUAGAUUGGUUUUCAUGGGAGUUAAUCUCCCACAACUUCAAUUUUGCAAGCACAUAGAUCAGAUGCAUUCCAACACCGUCGUCGUGGAAUUGUGCUAUGCCGUCAGAAAGUCAUUAGACUCUUGCUGUUUGCCGGCUCGUUACAACCUGCAAUUCUCGGGUGGAGCUGGCCGAAAAAAAAAAAGCAUUUGGUACAGCUUCUCAGGUUAUUUGGGUUUGAGGAUAGGAGCUCGACCCAGCACAACACAUUCCCAGUUUGUUGGGGUUGAAUGUUGAGGCCUUGUUUGGAUGGCUAAAAGGGACUAAAUACUUUCCUAGGUGUGAUAAUGAGCUAAACAUGAGCUAAUUGUAGACUAAUUAGAUCUGAUGGGAUCCAACCAUCAAUUAGUUGCACAAAUUAGCUCACAGUUAGUAUAUGUUUAGACCUAUUUCGCAUCCAAAUCCGAGGACUAAAAACUGGUCCUAGUAUCCAAA